AUGGAGCUGCAGACGCAGCCGCGCUUCUGUCCGCCGCACCCGCGCCCCUACACCGCCCCUUUGGUGUGGGUGUGCCUGGCAUGCGGUCGGCUUGCCUCGUACGAGGCAGCUCCCCACUAUUCGAUGGACAACGUCGAUGGCUUGGACAACUCUCUCCAAGGAACCUCCUCUGCCGCCAACGCCAUGUCAAAUGGAUUCGGCGUCAUCACGGCGCUCAGCGACCGCGAGGCAGCCGCCCACGCCUAUUCGAGCCCACUUCCAAAUACAACACAGCAUCAUUUCGGUCACCCGCAGUGCGGUAGCAUCACUGGAUCUACCGCAGCCGCUUCAGCUUCAUCGGGGUCCUCACCGGCGACGUCAACGCCGCCUCGGCCGGAGCAACGACACUCCUGCGUGAACAGCUCACCAGACUCCUACCUGUCUCAGGCUGCCUCGUCCAGUCAAAGACAGCGUGAGCAGCAGCAACAGCAGCGGCGGCGUCCCUCGAGCGUGAGUCGGCGUGUAACGGGUGUCACCGCUGAGAUCAUCCACCCCGAUAGUGUCGCUAGCGCUAGCGAAGGCGAGCUGGUCUCUGCCGAGCCCUCCGACCCUUGCGCGGGCGCACAGGCUUUCGGAGAUGACGAGAUCUUGGUCUGUGACGGCAUCUCGCCAAGCCACUGCUGGCGCGCACCCACAACAGUCACCACACCCCGCAGGUCGCAGCUCCCCACGUCCCUGGGGAGCACCAGCAAUGAAAGCAGCACCCUCGCCGUCACUCCAUGUGAAACGGCUGUCGCUGCUCUCCCUCCGCUGUCGGCAAUCUCUUCGCCCCUCUGGAGAGACGCGGGCGUCCAUGACAUAGGAAAGCUGUCGAGCACCGGGGCACGCUCCCGGCAGCAGGAAGACCAUGCGUCGUGCUCCCUGACAGCGCUGCUCAUGGAGGAGCACCUGGUCGGCAGUCGCGAGAUGCGCUUUUGCCGUUGCUGCGGUGAGGUGCGGUGCGCUGAGAUACGAAAGGUUACAGAGCUGCUGUCCUCGCCGCUGCCAGCAGGAGCGGCGGACAAGGUCCCGUACACGGACAAGGAGGGAUACGAAACGAUGGCGGUGGCGGCCCAAGCGACGGUGGAGUCGGAGCACGAGCAUUGGAAGGUGAAAUCGAGCCGCAGCUGCAGCAGUGCUGCCAUUUGCCUGGACGGAGGCGCAAAAACCGUGUACGGCCCCUUCACCUCGCAGGCUCUCUACAGCAGCAACGAGUCGCAGCCGCUAGGCGUUUCGUCCCCCGCUGCCGAAAGUGGCUGCAAGCCACCCGAGACAGCGCAGGCGAAAGCUCGGGAGGAGAUUCCCUCUGUCUACGCCGUGGCCCUCUCCGUCACGCGACUCCUGUCAAAGGUCAAGACCAUGAUGGUGGCGGCGCUUGGCAACUUUCAUCCGCUCUCGCCGGCGCUGCCCAAGGCGUACUUCAGCCGUCAUGGCCAUGACGUUGGUGACAAGGCGGCAAUACGCGGUUAUGGAAACGGUGUCCUCGCCAGUGACGCGGCGCCGCGGUCGGCAAGCUCGAUCGCGCGCCAUCCACCGCGGGGCCAGGAAGUGUGUCGCCCGACCUACCCUCUGUACAACCCCAGCGAGGGGACAGGGACAAACAGUGACCACUGGAAGUCCCUCUCCGCCUCCACGGCGACGAGCAAGACGCCGCCACUGGCGUCCGUCUCGGCGGAGGAGUACACGCUCACGUGCUUGGCGUCGCUGCUCGGUGGCGGGGCAGUGGAGGACUUGAACGGCAUCUCGCUGGACUCUAGUGCGCAGCCGAGCUGGGUCUUCACCGCACCGGACGAGGAGGAGAUGUACAGGGCUGAAGACGACGACGAGGGCCUCAUGAUUCACCACCAGCGAGGAGGCGUGCAGAGCGACGAGGACGCCUGCGCAGGCGGCGCCGAAGACGCGCACACGUGCGUGCGAAGGCUUUACGAUGACUCUACCUCCAUGUCUAGCAUCAUGGGCUCCACGGCGGCCGCCGCUGCGACGAGGAGGAUGCGCGCGUGCAAAGACAAGUGGAACUCGAUUAGCGUCGCAGAAGCGCUGUGGCGCCUGGUGCUGCCGUCCUUCAGCGCCCCCUUUCUCUCGACGGCGUCAAUGCCGUCGGCACCGCGUCGCGGGGCUGUGGAGUCGACUGCGAGCAGUACUUUGGUUACCAGCACGCGCCCCUACCGGGGUUUUCGCGGAGAUGUCGAGGAGGCGGUUUGCCAGCUGGAUGUGGCGCAGCUAGAGGUGGCGAAGCUGCGGCUGCAGCAAGUGCUGGCAGCUGUAAUGGCGGAGCAGCUGCGGCGCGAGGGCCAGUCGAGGGGAGAGUACCCAACUUAG